UACAGUAGCCCAACAGGAAGUGGUGCAUUAACACGCGCCGCUUUUCACCUCGAAAAUUCGUGCUAAAAUCAACACAAAAAAGAAAAGUGGAAAACUUCGCGUAACACAGCGAGAACAACAACGUGCGGUGUUGUGAGCUUGCCGCAUCAAAUCAAAUGAAAGUCCAACCGCAAAGUAAAGCCAAGAGAAAGUCGACAAAAGUGGCAAUAUGCAGUGCGUGUGCAUAGAAAAACCAGAUAUACAGCGGCCACAGGGUAAAGUACUUUGGACAAGUGAAAAAUCCCCCAAACGCCAGUGAAAAUCGAAGGAAAAACCAACACAGCAUACGCAGAGAAAAUCGCUGGAAAAACGGACAAAAUGUUUGGCAGCCAAAGUGGCUGCCUUUGAGGCUGAGUGAGUGGCUCAAGCACGAAGACCUUUUUUAAGACUAGAAAGCCUAAAGAAACUAAAGAAAAACUUCGAAAUAUUACGAGAAUCUUCUUAUAUUUGAAAUAUUUUCAAAUUCAAAUUUAAAUAACUUUAUUCUUAAUAAACUAAUUGAUAAUUAAUUACAUAAUAGUAAACAAAGCUCAAAUAGACUGAAAUAGAGUCCAAAUAUAUUACGAAAGUAAAAUGCAAUUAAUUCAACAUAUCAUAUAAAUUAAUUAGAACAAAUUGCAUUUAAGUUAUUAACAAAAACCAAAACAAGCGUAUAAUAAUUACACAAAUCGAAGGGCAGGAAAACCAAUGAACAAAAGUCAAAAAAUAAACACGGAAAAAAGGCGAGAAUUAAGUGAACCAAAAUAAAAAAGAGAUCAAAGUGCGAAAAGUGUGUGGUGGCUCCAUCGCGAAGAACCAGUAACCCAUAUAAUACUGUAUAAUUCAAUUUCUUUCAAACUCGCCGUUUAGUUCGCGUUCCAAUUAAACUCAAUAAAUUUUCAUUUUAAAUCCAACAGCCAGAAGAACGGCGACACAAAUGGAUCAUCAAUCGUAGAGGCAGCCGAAAGGAAAUCAAGAUCGUCGAGUGUCUAUGAGGACAGCUGAAAGUAUUUUGUUUUUUUUUUUUGGGGCGUGGCUCCAGCUGCCCCACGCCCACGCACGCCCACGGGAGCAAGUGAGACAAGGCGAUCAGUGCGACCGAGAGGGCGAGACAGAUGUGCGAGCGGCGGUGAGUGAGCGGACUCGGUUUCCGGUUUCCGGGGGGUUGAGAAGGUGGUGAAGGCGCAGAAGGACGCAGGACGCAGGACGAAGACCAUGGAUUGGACCCGGUGGCAAAUGGCCAGAGAAAGAGCUGGCAACCCUGGACAAGUCAGGAACAACCCUGGGCGCAAGGAUUGCGAUCGCGAGACCCGAUUGGAGUGGUUGCCCAUUUGAUUCGUUGCGGCUUCACACCCGAGCGACCGCAGCACAGCACAGCAAAAGCAGCAAAGCGACGAGCAAUUUGUACAGGCAUUUGUACCAACAAAACCCUAGCACGCAGGCGAGCAGGAAAGCAGGCUGGCAGAAAGGAAGCACGCGAGGCAAAGCGAGACAAAGCAAAGCGGAAGCAGACACCAAGCAGAAGGAAAAGCAAGCUUGCAAAGUUAGCAAAAGCAGAAAAUGAAAGCAAGCUCGUUUGCUAGCCAAGAGAAUUGAAAAGCAGAUCAGCAGGCUGGCUAACUAAGAUAAAAAGCAUGCUUUUUAAAAAAGCAUAAAAAAGAAGAAAGCAAGAAAAAUUUAAGAGAACCUAGAAGCUAAAGGAGCAGCAUAAAAGCAAGCAAGCUGGAUUGAACAAAUCUAGAAAGCAAAGCAGCUGAUUGAAAAAGCAGGCUAACAAGCUUAUCAAAAAGCAAGAAAGCAAAGCAGGAAAGCAAGCUAACAAGCCGGAAAGCAAGAAGUCCAAGGAGAAGGGGACGCCUAAGCAGUUGCGUGACCCGCGCGUUUUGCACAAUAAACAGCGUAAUUGCUCAUAAAGCGACUGCUGCGAAUGACCCGCACGCCGGACUAGCCGACCGUUUACGGCAAUUAGAAGCCGGUCCGGAGGAGGAGGUGACAAGCAAUUAGGCGGGCGGGGGGCGAAGGGCCCCCCCAAACCACGGAUGUAUAAGCCGGACACGCUCACGCGCCGCGGCAGCCUGAGAUCCCUGCGCAGCGCCCCGCUCCUGAGCACCGUGCUCGAAAGCACGCUUUCGCUGACCCGCAUCCACCCGAUCGCCUCCUUGGAGCUGCCCGGCCUCGACUAUGCGGUCCACUCGCAGUCGGCCUUCGGCGCCUACGGGCUGGCCCAUCCCCGGGAUCUAGCCACCUGCACCUCGUUGCGCAGCGGCCUCGCGGCGAUCACCGCGGCCUCCGCCUCCGCCGCCGGCGGCGUCUCCCAGUCGCAGAGCGCCCUCCUCGGGCGGUACGGCCCCAACGCCUCAAUUCGCCACGGCGAGCGAAAGAUUGUCCAGCCGAAACGGGUUCUAUCACGCAAACUAAAGCCACAUCUUGUUGCGGACACCGUUAAGCAGUAUAUAAGUCGGGCCCAACGCACAACCAAAAAGGGUUCUCAAGAGCAGCAAAAUAUGGAGUUUUUACGCGGCGUCUAUGCGUUUAUGCAAGUGAGUAGAUCAUCGGUGUCUCAUGUCAAAAUCGAUUCACCUGUUUUUCGCCUGCACACCAACGCAACGGUUAUAUUACUGAUCACAUUCUCGAUUGCUGUGACGACGCGGCAGUACGUAGGAAAUCCCAUAGACUGUGUACAUACAAGAGACAUUCCCGAAGAUGUUCUCAACACAUAUUGUUGGAUACACUCAACGUAUACAGUGGUCGAUGCGUUUAUGAAAAAGCAAGGUUCCGAGGUGCCUUUUCCCGGAGUUCACAAUUCACAGGGCCGCGGGCCUCUAACAAUAAAGCACACAAAAUAUUAUCAAUGGGUAGCGUUUACACUAUUUUUUCAGGCAAUCUUAUUUUAUACACCAAGAUGGCUGUGGAAAUCUUGGGAGGGUGGCAAGAUUCAUGCGCUCAUCAUGGACUUAGACAUAGGCAUUUGUUCCGAAGCCGAGAAAAAACAAAAAAAGAAAUUACUUUUAGAUUAUUUGUGGGAAAAUUUAAGAUAUCACAAUUGGUGGGCGUACAGAUAUUACGUGUGUGAGCUGCUCGCCCUUAUAAAUGUGAUAGGUCAAAUGUUUCUUAUGAAUCGAUUUUUCGAUGGCGAAUUUAUGACAUUUGGCCUGGAAGUGAUAGAUUAUAUGGAGACCGAUCAGGAAGAUCGCAUGGAUCCGAUGAUUUACAUAUUUCCCAGAAUGACCAAAUGUACAUUUUUUAAAUAUGGUUCAAGUGGGGAGGUGGAGAAACACGACGCCAUUUGCAUUUUACCAUUAAACGUUGUUAAUGAGAAGAUUUACAUUUUCCUUUGGUUUUGGUUUAUAUUAUUAACGUUUCUCACAUUAUUAACGCUAAUAUACAGGGUGGUGAUUAUAUUCUCUCCUCGAAUGAGGGUCUACUUAUUUCGUAUGCGAUUUAGGUUAGUGCGUCGUGACGCUAUUGAAAUAAUCGUUCGUCGUUCGAAGAUGGGCGAUUGGUUUUUGUUGUAUUUACUAGGUGAAAACAUAGAUACAGUUAUAUUUCGUGAUGUUGUACAGGACUUAGCGAAUCGUUUAGGACAUAACCAACACCAUAGGGUGCCUGGCUUAAAAGGUGAAAUACAGGAUGCAUGAUAUUGGGAGUAUUAGAAGCAAUACAAAAUGCAAUUUGUCGUCUCCAUUUGAAAACCAUCGAAUUCAACAACAACAACAACAAGAACAAGACUAAGAAAGGAAAAUUACAACCACAAUGGAAUCUAGAGAUCUUCGCAGCAGCCGCUUCAUAACAAACUCAACACACCGCUAAAAAAUCUUUAAAAAACGUAUCUCAAAAAUACAACCAAAAAAACUAUCGUCAGCUCGCAGUCAGUCAUAAAUCAGCAUUUACAACCAUGAUCGAUAGUCGAUUGAAACACACCCAGAAACCACAGGGCAUAGAACCACAAAAGAAGUACAGAACCCAAUGGAAGCGGAAUGAAAGCAGAAGGAAAAUGGAGAGAAAAUAGGAAAAACAUCAAAACAGCCACGCAACGAGAGGAAUUUGGAAACAAAAUCAAUGUCAAUCAAUUAAAGUAACGAAAAUAAGUAAAUGGAUAAUGGAUAAUCGGAGGAGAGAGACCGGAAGUCCUGCGACUUCCGGACAGGACUCCCAGGCCGGUGGCAAGUAGCGCCUGCCGUCGGCCAGGGGUCACAAGGUCACAAGGUCACAAGUCACAAGGGAUCGCUUGGGAAAUCAGCGAUCGGCGACCCAUAGAAAAAAGUUGCCCCAAGGACAAGGUCAAAGUGUGAGGAGAACAGCAACAAUGGACAGCACCGGAAACGGACAGACACGCACACACACACACAGACGACGCAACACUCACACACAACCACGCUUACAGCGACAUCACUCAUACGCCCCGUAGAACACACCGCACUUUGCUUGUCAUGCAGCGUUAACUAAACCAAACAUCAACAAAGUCGAGACGACGCCCGCGGAAAAUUGCAUUUCUGUAUUAACCCCAAUGAGAUAUCGAAAACGUAGAUGAAGAAGAAGAUGAGAAGAAAAACGAGAAAAUCGAAGAUCAGCAUCACUUUCACCGAGAGAAAGCAGGAGCAGCCACUUAAACGAGACGCUACGGCUACAACAACUCGAAAGAACAACAGUAACGACAACAAAAGCGGCAAAUGAAAGUCAAGAAAAUCGCAUGUGGAAAUCGCAGAGGGGAGUAACAGUUUAAUUAAAUUAAAUUCAAUUCAAUUAAAUUACUUAUUACAAUGAUAUCUUGAAGUGUUCAUGUAUUCGAAUGUAGGUUAACUAAGUCAAGCAUACAAAUAAUUCUACAUAUAUGUAUAAUAUAUAUAUUAUAUAUAUAUAUAAACAAUUUUUUUUUCUAACUCUAAGCAUUUGUAUUACCCGCUAAACAAAUGAACAACAAAACAAAAGAAAACAAAAACGAAAAGAAACGACAAAAAAAAACAAUGAAAAAUCAACCAAAAAAAGGCAAACUGAAAACAGAAUUUUUUGUAUACAGAAAUGAAAGAAAAUUUAAAAACCAAAAUGAGCAGAUAGAGAGUAAUAAGAAAGAAAAAAAACAAAGGCCGAGGAGAAACGAACAGAAAAUAUCAGUAAAUAUCAAAGAAAGUUCAGAAAAUACCAUACCGAAUACCGAAAAACCGAAACAAAAGAUACAUUUACAUAGUUUAAUUAGAAGAAACUAUAGCGCGCAUCACAUUAUAUAACCGAAAAACCGAAAAACUGAAAACCGACCGAACAGAACUCAACUCCCAACUCACAAAGACAAACGGAAACGGAAAUGUUUUAAGCUCACACACACUCACUCACACACACACACACACACACCACACACACGUAUACAGCAUGUAAAGCAUAUAUAAAUAUAUAUAAUUAUCAAUCGAUCGUUCAGCAAAAGAGAGCAGCCAACAUUCGCAGCAUAAAUCAAUUAACUCCACUAAUAAUAGAGCAUACUCAACUCUCUCUCUCUACAAAAAAAUACGCCUAGUACUCAAGCGGAAAAUGCGAAAAUUCCCCAGGAAAAUCGGGCGGAACACUUACGCUUUGCCACAUGAAUCAAAUGUAAACAUAACGAUAAUAACACUAUAAUACCGCUAGCGAAUAAAGUCCCAAAAAUGAGGGUUCAGCUCAGGAGUUCGACAAUUCCCCCAAAGUCAGUAUGUACGUGUAGGCAUUGCUGGUGGCGGCCCCUUAUUGAGGCCCUCCUGUAGGAGUAGGAGUAGGAGAAACCCCUCCGAAAGUUAGUCUUCACCCAUCCACGAGUUCAUCAUGUGCUACAAAUCGUAAUAUCCGUCCAGAAAACCUUUUGAAGCGCGCCUCCCUUCUAUACUUUCUAUAUCCGCUGGGAGAUCCCAUCCUGAUUCCGAUCUCUCUCUCUCUCUCUCUUUUGGCAACCCGAUCCCUGAUCCGGGUUCCAAGCGACUUCCGUAUCCCCCAAGAAAUGGACCAAAGAACCAGUCACCCCCUCGCAUUUUCCACAUCUCUCAAAGGACGACCAACAAAAUAAGUACACAGCCAGAAAAAGCCAAGCCAGAGAUGCAAAUCUAACAACAAAUGUCACUGCCAACAAAACCAGUUAAAGUAAAAUCAAGUUAAAAUAGUUAAAGACCGUAUAUGAAACAAAGAAAAACUAAAUGGGAGAGGGUCUAGAAUGGAGGGUUUUUCUCGUGGGGCUGAGCCUGCAAUGCCUAAAGUACACCAAAAAGCGAAAGGAAUUUAACCCCGAAGAUUGUUCCUUGUCACGAAAAAUCAGGAAUUGCCGGUAUGGACCUGCUCAACCCCUCACUCCUUUCGGGAAUUACUUUCGGAUUUCGGAUUUGGGAUUUAGAAUCAUCUAAUUUGAGUGCUUUUUUCCGUCUACUCACACUACUCAGCAUACUCAAAGACGCAUUACGAUUUAGAGGGAGGAGGAGAAGAAGGUGGGGGCAAUGUUGAAGCGAAAAAACAAUAAAUGUAACAAUAAAUGGUAAUAAGUAAUUUUAGCGUACUUUUUUUUAACAGCUUAUAGCCAACUAAGUGAAGUAAUUGUAAUUCUAGUUCAAACUGAACCAUUUUUGUCUGCGUUUUUUUUUCUUCGUGGAUUCGUAGGUUAAGCCACACACACACACAUACAGAUACAGAUACAACCACACAUAAAACACAACCACAAACAGUAAACGAAAAGCAAAUGUAUAAAUAUCGAGUAUACUUACACUGUAAUUAUAGGGGGGCGAAAUAAGAAGGAAUACCAUACCAAAACGUAAGCAUAUUACAAGGAAAUUGCCAUUAGUCGAUAGUGUUAAAGCGAUACGUAUAUGAUCUACAAUGCUAGGCUAAUGAAAAACCAAAAAAAGAAACGAACAGAAGGAAGGAAUAUUAGUGUAGCUCAAGAUGGAAUCUCUCGUAUCUCGUAACUCGUAACUCCAACUAAAAGCAAUUGUAAAAUAUCGUAACAGGUCUAGGGGCGAUCAAACAAACAAACAAAAGCAAAAGCAAAUGCAAAUGCAAAUGCAAACGAACAAAAAAAGCAAGACUUUAUUUUUCAAAGUGUUUGCCGCAAUAUAUAAAAUGUACUAGCUGAAUCUAGAGGUUAAGAAGGACAUUUCAUAGACGCAAUCCUAGAAGCAAUAAGCACAGGCGGAAACGGAAAUGAAAAUGAAAGCAGGAACGAAAGCGGAAGCGGAAACAGGCAUCGAUGACUUUUCACCACGUUUCAACACCUCCGGUACAGUUCUGUCCACUUUUCACCACACAGCACGGCACUUCUCUCUCCCUCUCUCUCUCACACCCUCUUAUCCCGUCUCUUUUACACUAAUCUUUAAACUCUUUCCAAACUUAACAGCCUGUUUCCACUAGAACCAUCUUAUAUCGAAAUUGUAUCAAAUGCAAAGUGUGAACAGUGCGUUUUUACUCACACAGUCAGUGGAAACAGGCCAUCUCUCUUGUUCAUCCCGUUUUAAGCAUCUGUAAAAUAUUGGAAAAUUCUGUUUCUUGCUUUUCAGUGACCCAGAAUCUCAGAAUAUGUGUUUGUCUUUGUUUGUUCAUUUGCUUGUCAAUUUGUUUGUUUGUUUGUUGGCUUGUUCCCGGUCCGAAUUUAGUUUCUGCCAUAUUAUUUGUGUAUAAUUAUUAUGUAUUCUUUGGUGGCUAAGUUAAAGCUUAAGUUCUGUAACUUCUACCGUACUUUCUCACUCAUUUGUUCUUUCGUGCAAUAAAAACGAGACUUGUAUACAUAUCAUUGUUUAUUUGGUUUUAUUUUUGGGGUUGCCUUACAUAUUAUCCACUCACUUCCACCCACUCUCCCUCUCUCUCUCUCUAUCUUUAUCCCUGUCUCUGUCUAUCUUUCUCAGCACCAGCACAACAACAGCAAAACAAAAAAAAAAAAACGAAGAAGAAAGUCAAUUUCUCACGGCUCAAAAACGCAAUAAAAAAUGAACCAAGAAAUCGAAUCGAACUAAAAGCAACAAUUAGUGAAGCAUAUUGGUGAAAUACUCGUAACUUAUAUUUUAAAUCGAAUUAGUGAGUGAUUAGCGCAACGGUAACGAUAAAAAUACAAUUUAGUUGAAUUCCCUAGCAGAAUCGAAUCGAAUCGAAUAGUGAGAACUUUUUAUUAGGAAGCGAAAGCAUUUUUUAAUUGUAUACUAAUCGAAUCAAAAUUGUAAAGAACAAAUAAACAAAUAUUGCAUACAAAUUGAAACUGCCAAUUCACAUUCUCAGACAAAUUUUUACGAAGCUAAAGCUAAAACCAAAACCUUACAACACCCAAUUAAUAGCACUAAGCGAAAAUAUACAAAAUUGCUGAAUAUUACAACCGACAAGCGAAACAUAAUCGAUAAAUCGUAAAACCGAACUCGUAUCUAGAUCAAUAACUAUGCCCACGACUUUGACUUUGACGCUCCUUCGUUUCGUUUUUUUCCGAUUUUCGAUAUCCGAUAGCCAAUACAUCCGAUAGCCAGUCGAUAACCUAUAUCGGAUUGCGGCUCAGGCUUACUUUAGUCACUUAGCGUAUAUAUCAAUUUGUGUGUGUGUGAACAAAUAGCAGACAAUAAUUAGUGAAGGGAACUUUUUAGGCGAGAUCGAGGGUCCAGGACUGAAAUGCCGAGGGAAAGUUUUCCACUUUUCCUGGACUAAGGGGGCGUGGCUGGGGAUUUUCACAAGCAGCUAAUUUAUUGUCUUCCAACAUAGCAUAAAUGUUUCACUUUAGUCAAAAUACUGUGUUUGCCAGCUUAAGUGUGAAUUAGUUUUAAUAUGAUUUCCUUUACUGUUUAUUUAUUGUUUUUAUUUAAUUCUAUACUAAUGCCACGUCCCAUGAUCUCAAAGGCUUGAAAGUGAUAGAAAGAGAUUUAUUUCGUUGGUGGCCCAGAGUUCAGCAGCAAAGUUAGCGAGCAGCAUUUGAUGGAGUGUAUAGGAAAACUGCCUUAAAGUGAUUUUCAAGUAAGACCGAUCGAUCAACCAGCAAACCGUGUAUAUAUAUUAUAUAGAGGCCGAGAGUCGAGUCGGUGAGCAUUUUUUUUACUAAAAGCAACUUACGAGUAAGCCUAACUUUUAACACAAGAACAACCCUUACACACGACCUGUACAUAGCCGACAUACAUACAUACAUACGAACACCCUGCAUAUAUAUAAAAAUAUAUAUAUACAAGCAUAUACCUAUAUAUAAAGUGUUUUAUAACGAAGUGGAUUAGUUGGUAACUGUAGAGCGAGACAUCUUUAGCAAAAUUACACCUAAGUUUUCCAGAUUCAGAUGACUUUUUAACCAGACAAAAGCGAACGGCAAAAAGCAGCAGGCUGGCAGGUAGACAAAUUAUGAAAUUAUAAAAUUAUGAAAUUAUGAAAUUACAUAGAAAAGCAGUCAGAGUAAGGAACUAUUUGUAUUUCAACUUGUUUUCCAGGAGAUCCUAAGUUUAGUCAAACGUAAUGUAAUGUAAAUGAUAAAACGAAACAAACGUAUGUAAAAUAAUUGCAUAAAUAAUUUCAAAUAUAUUCGCCGAUUGCCUUCAACUAGAGGAAUUUUGAUUACACUUAAUAACGAAUACUAAAUAAUUAAUAAUAAUUAAAUAAUGCAUUGAAUAUUUAUACAAAACAAAAAGUAAAAACAACUAUAAAUAUAUGGAAAAUGGAAAAUGGAAAAGUGGGUAGAGGAGCAGAAGGAGAAGAACAAACGCAGAAAGGCAGACGCAGACAGAGAACAACAAAUCUACACAAAAAUGAAAUUCAAAAAGAACUGAAGUAAAAACAAAGAUUUUAAAGCAGUAACAAAUGGCAAACAAAAGAGAACAAAUGAAAAAAAAAAUCAAGAUAAAGCAUUCAUAUUUGUACACUAAACCCGUUAAGGAGUACGCAACUUAUACACGCAAUAUUAGACUAAACCGACUUCGAUAACCGAUAAACGAUAGAUUUCCCCAGCCCCCAGCACAGAUGGCGAGGGUCCCCGUUCCCGCGGAGAGCCCCGAUCUUCAGCUGCUUCAAAUUGAUUACCAAUUUUUUUGUUAACUAGAGACACUCGCACAUAUCCAAUGAAAGACGUCGAUUACUUUCCAUCCCCAUUCCUAUCGAAAGACCACCACCCCUAGAUACGCACACCCCCAAGAAUCGAAAGCGAAAUCGAUGGCAAAAUCGAGAUCACAACCACAAUUACGAAUACAAUUACAAUGGCCACCACAACAACAGAUGCACAACCACUGGAGCGAAGGACAUGCGAAUUAAGAAAGCUGAUAUAGGAGCUGAAAGGAGUAGAUCGAAUCUAGUGAAUACUUUUAGGCAUUAAGCGUACUUCUAGUUUGUAUCUCUUAUAUACACACAGAUAUAUCUAGGUAUGUGGAUAUAGCAUAAUUAUACAGAUAUACAAACCUAUCGAUAACUCACAUACCGCAUACAACUAGCCAGUGGAAGUCGAAGUCGAGCGCAAAUCGCAGAUGAUCGAUAAUAAUCGAUCCAGGUCGAUAGAGGUGUAGAUCCGAUCUUUUUUUUGUACUAGUACUUGUAUGGUAAUUGCUAACGGUAUAUGGUAAAUGGUAAAAGGUAAAGGUAAACGGUAACGGUAAUGGACAUUUAACUAGUUAUAACGUGCAGUUAUCGUAAUUUAUGAUUAUCGAUUAUUGAGUCUUGAGUACGAUUAUUACGGAACGUUUAAUUUUGUUAAUACGAAAACAAAACGCGAGCAUGGUUAAUAAAGCUUUAAUUUGAAGCUAUAUAGGUAUAUAUAUACGCCCAUAUAUAUAUAUACCCACACACUUGACACCACACACACACUCUGACACACUCACACACACACACAAGGAAACGUCCUCAGUUUAUAAAUUUUCAAAUGAGUGACAUGGAAAACUUGAAACGAAACGAAAACGAAACGAAAACACGUAGGCAGUACGAAUUAGGUCUUAAGGCCCCCAUAUAAGUAACAUACAAUUAACAUUAUUUAACGAAUCAAUUUAUUAUUGAUGGCAAACGGAAACGAUAGCGAUAGCGAUGACGAUAAGGAUAAUGGUAAUGGUAGCGAGAGGGGAGAGCCAGGCAGGAUAGGAUAGGUCGGUGGCGCGGUCAUAUAGAUCAUAUAUGCGAUCAUAUAUCCGAUAUCCGUCGAUAUAUGGCCGGUAUAUACGUAUAUAUACAUAUAUACAUAUAUGCACACGUGCCCCGGUCGCCAUACAUAUACACACACAUAUACUAUAUGCAUAAUACCAGUGACGAGAGUUUUUAGUCUAUACUAAUCGAAUCGAUCCGAUCGGAGGAGGAGCAGGAGAACGGGAAGGCAAAACAAAUAUAUAUACAAUACAUGGCAUACACUUAUAUGAAGCCCCUAUAUUGAGGAUAUAAACGUGAAUUUUUAGCAGACUAAGUAAUAAAUUAUACACUCUAACAGGCGGACAUAAUCGAACUACAUACACUCAAACACACACACACACACACACACACACGAACACAGGGCGGUAUGCAGAUAUAUAUAUUAUAUACAUACGUCAGCAAUACGAAUAACAGUAAUAAUAAUACUAUGCAAUAAAGCGAGGAGGAGUGAGUACUAAGCGGAAACGGAAGUGGAGGCGAGAACACCUAACAUUUAAGACACUGAACAAAAAAUCGACUUGUAAAUAACACAAACACCCACAAACACACACACACACACACAGACAGACCGCAGACAGUCGCAUCAGUAUACAUACACCCACUCACACACAGCCACACACACACUCACACAUUUUACGAUUAGUUAAUUUUACAAACUAAAAUUAUUGCAGCAGGCGCAUUACAUAAAAUGAAAUACAACUAAAAAUGGCAGAACGAAACGAAAAUAAAACCAAAAAUCAUAUGCAUUAAAAGUAAAGUAAAGGCAAAGAGAAAGCAAAGCAAAAAUGAGAAAGUAAAGCGAAUGAGCCCAGUGGGUUGCGAAGGGGCGGGGGGGAACUCUCCACCCGAGCCACGCCCCCCGCCCUCGACACGCCCAGAAAAAACAAAAACAAACAAAAAGGCCAGGAACGUUGAUGGGAAUUAAUAAAUUACCAAGUAAUAUUAUAAAAUAUUAUUAUAUAAAUUAUUAUAAUUAUAAAUUAUUAUUAAAGAAAGCAAGCAACAAACGUAAAAACAAAAAACAACCAAGAUUAAAAAUACAAAACGAAAAAAACGAAAAACACAAAAAAAAACAAACAAAACCAAACAUAAACCAAAAACACAUUAAUAUAAUGCGAUAAUUGAGUAAUCAACAAAACGAAUUGACAACGUUGUAUGAUUUUGAUCAGAAAGUAAUAAAAACA